GGUGCAUAUGUGUUACCUGUAGGAGCUUCAGUCGGUGUCGAGCAGCUUGCCCUCCUCUCAACUGCACUUUCCGCCCUGUUGUCGUUCGCAGCGACAUCCAGCUUGGUCACACUGGCUCCCACUCUCCUUUCAGUAUUCACCUCACGGCUUACCAAGGCCAGGCCGUCUUCCCCUCAACCACCGGGUGCACCGUCUCAGAUGGGCCAACAGCAGUCCAAGAAGUCCAAGAAAGGCGGAAAGGAGAAGGAUAAUGGGAAUGGGAAUGGAAACGAUUUGGGCUCAGAUAAUCCCACAGAAGAGUCUGCAGAAGGGACUGUGUCGUCAAGUCUUUCGAAAGCGACAGGUUCGACGACUGCAAGGGGAUCCGAUUCACAGAGCGUCCCCAACGGAACUUCAUCCCUCACCGUAUCCGGUUCUUCUACAAUUUCACAAUCAGCGUCACCUUCCCCAUCACCAAAGUCACCCCCGGCACCGAUUGACGUUCCCUCCAGUCCGCAAACCACUAUCCUUUCCAACGCAAUAUCAACCCCAGGAUCGUUAACCAGCAAUAAUGGACAGAUUGAUUCCAACGGAGCAGCAGUGAAGAAACCGUUUGAUGUGGAUGAUAUGAUUCAACGACUACUCGAUGUGGGGUACACGGGCAAAGUCAGCAAAUCUUUGUGUCUCAAGAACACAGAAAUUACAGCAAUAUGCCUAGCAGCUCGUGAAGUAUUCCUCAAUCAACCCACAUUAAUCGAGCUCUCUCCACCGGUCAAGAUAGUCGGAGACGUGCAUGGCCAGUAUUCCGACCUCAUUCGACUAUUUGAAAUGUGCGGGUUCCCCCCCGCCGCCAAUUAUCUGUUCCUUGGAGACUAUGUCGAUCGAGGAAAGCAGAGUCUCGAGACCAUACUCUUACUCUUAUGCUACAAGAUCAAGUUUCCGGAGAACUUCUUCUUACUGCGGGGGAACCAUGAGUGUGCGAAUGUGACCAGAGUGUACGGCUUCUAUGACGAAUGCAAACGACGUUCGAAUAUUAAGACCUGGAAAACCUUCAUUGAUGUCUUUAACUGCCUUCCCAUCGCCGCUAUUGUCGCAUCCAAGAUAUUCUGCGUACAUGGUGGACUCUCCCCCUCUUUACACUCCAUGGAUGAUAUCAAACGGAUACAACGACCCACCGAUGUUCCCGAUUAUGGACUUCUGAAUGAUCUUUUAUGGUCGGAUCCAUCCGAUACAGCCAUGGAUUGGGAAGAUAAUGAAAGAGGAGUCAGUUACUGCUUUGGAAAAGGCAUCAUCAAUGAAUUCCUUGUUCGAUACGACAUGGAUCUAAUAUGUCGAGCUCAUAUGGUGGUCGAGGACGGUUACGAGUUUUGGAAUGAUCGGACGUUGGUCACUGUCUUCAGUGCCCCGAAUUAUUGUGGAGAAUUUGACAAUUAUGGCGCAUGCAUGAGUGUAUCGGAAGAUUUGCUGUGUGCUUUUGAGCUCUUGAAACCUCUCGAUGGUGCAGCGCUACGGAAGGAGAUGACGAAAGCCAAACGGAAAAGUUUAAUGGCAACGGCGUCCUGAAACUGCUGUUUCUCUUCCGGUUCUCGCUUUACAUGACGGUUGUAAGAUUUGAGUAAUGGUGUACUUCGGUCCAGCACAGUUACAGGACAGGAGGCGUCUUUUUUCUAAUCCUCGCCGGCUGCGAUAAUGGUCGAGAUGGUUGUAUUGCCCCGGAAUCCAUUCGUCGUCAAGGUCCUCUGUUUGUGCAAUCAUGACACUGGGUUCAUAUCAGAAUGCCUGAAGGAUUCCCUUUAUUUUUAUCUCUGUGUUUUUUCGCUGAUUACUAUACAUUCCAUGCAUUCAUGAACUUCCUCCUGUAUACAUACAUCCAUGGUCUGUCUUCGUUUUUGGUACUACUGGUCCCUUUCUCAUUCACUGUUGCUAUCUAUUGAAACUCUCUGAUGCUCGCCGAUGUUUGCGUCCGCAAUCUUUAUCAAUCGACACGACUCUCAUCUCACGAAGAAACAAUCAUAUACCAUUUCUAUUGCAUUCAGGCCGCAAUUACUGCAGUUGAACCGGACACCGUCCAAAAGUUGA